GCAUAUAAAUUAUAUAAAAUUAUGAAAUUAUGCUGGGGACUAAUUAGCAGAAUUGAUAGCUUUUAGGUUCAAUGCCUUAGAACUAAAUACAAAUGUGGGGAUGGAGAUGUUCCCGUUGUGACUAGGAAAAAAACUGCAUCACAUAUCUAGCAUAGCAUAACCAAAAUUUGGGAAGAGUUUUAUCAGGGUGUGAGUAAAAGAAUUAAUAAUGGCACGUCAAUUAGUUUUUUGUGGGAUAGAUGGGCACCUUUAGAACAACCUUUGAUUAAGUAUAGGACCAAUUCCAACUUCCAGAGUGAACUUCAAGCUAAGAUUAGUGAUUUUCUUCUACCUUUUAGUUCUUGGAAUAGGGAUCUUUUACACUGCUUCCUUCCUCCAAAUGUUGUCAAUAGAAUCCUUCACGUUCAACCCUCCUUCAGUCAUCAAAGGGAUUCAUUUUGGUGGAUAGUGAGUAGUAAUGGUAGGUUCUCGAUUAAUUCUGCUUAAAAGUUUCUUGCUCACAAUGAAUCUGUUGAUAGGAUCUUGGUGUGGAAAAGCUUAUGGAAAUGGCCUAUCUUGGAGAAAAUUCAAUUUUUCUUUUGGCAAGUCUUACAUGAGACAAUACCUAGUAAUCAAUUAAGAGUGAGGAGGGCUUUUGCAACUAAUGUCCGUUUGAGUGUGGCUGUAAGAAAACUAUAAUCCAUGUUAUGAGAGAUUGCACGAGAGCAAAAAUAUAUGGAAGGAAAUUAUUAAACUUGUUUUUCAUAACUAUUUUUUUCUCUUGUAACUUGUAGGAAUGGAUCAACUAGAGUACCACCCAUCAUCUUAGUAGGGGCUCAGUCCAAAAUUGGUUAUGGAUCAUAGUUUUUGGAAACAUAUGCUUGUUGCUAUGGGUGCAUAGAUGCCAAGAUAUAUUUGAAGGAACCAAUCACACUCUAUGGGACAACAUCAAUGUGUGUAAAAGGAAACUUGUAGAGGAAAGAGACUUGGGUUAUCUUACACUAAAGUGCAACAAGGAUAUAAAUUUGGAUCAUAAAUGGAUUGCUCUAGUGUAUAGUACAGUUCAAGUGGAUGCAGAUGCAUCCAGUAUUCAUUUCAACGGUGCAGCAUAUGGGAGAUUAGGAUGAAACUACAGAGACGAAUGGCUUGGUGGCUUUUCUUGUAGAUUAAAACCAUUAAUUAUGGCAUGAAACUUUGUGCAGAACUUCACUUGGAAAAGAAAGAAAAUGAAGAAAGAAGGAGACAGAGAAAGAGUGACGAGAGAGACAUUUAUGGUCCGUUAAAGCAAGCUUUUAAGGUCAUUUUGGAAGGAUUUAAGCUUCAAGACUCAAAGACUUUGAUAAUCGGGAGUAUGUCUGAAGUGGAAAACAAUGGGGAUUUUAUCCGUUGGCUGGGACCUGACCUUUCAAUAAAGAUUCUCGCCCAUUUGGACGACCCUUGUGACAUUGCUCGUGUUGCUGCUGUUUCCAGUGCCUGGCACCGAUUUGUUGUUGAAAAUGGCCUUGGCAAGCAACUUUGCUUGAAAAUGUUUCCUGAAUUAUCUGUUGCUGCUCAUGUUAUUGAGGUAGACAACACGAUUGAACCAAUAGGAUAUGUUCCUGGGAACCCUAUGACUGAGGAUUACCUCAAGAGAAAUCAUAAAGUCUAUGCAUUCUUGGCAUGUGGUCUUGCACCAUAUAUGAGGAAAAAUUGCAUUGCAGAAGCUAUUGUUGCAUCCAGCACUGACAAUUAUCCUGAAGAAAGUAUCGAGAAUACAAUGGAGCCAAGGGAUAGAACUGAAAUCAGGGCAUCAUAUUGGUCAAGCAAAGGGGAAAGUGAUCCUUCUGUUCCCGAAACAUUAGUUUACAAGCUGAUUUCCAAAAUAUGUGUUGUUACAGAGAUUCAUGUCCAACCAUUCCAAGCAUAUUUCCAGAACGGCCACCCUAUAUAUUCAGCUAAAUCUGUUCGAUUUAGAAUGGGCUAUCUAAGGCAACCAAAGGAACUAGAGAGUAAUCGGGAUGCUAAACGAAUUUUUAGGGGCAAAGACUUUGUAUGGACAUACACUUCACCUGAAUUUCCAAUGGCUCAGGAAAACCGGUUGCAAAAAUUCAAGCUACCUGAACCUGUUUUCUGCGUUGGAGGUAUGCUGCUAGUUGAGCUGUUGGGUAGGGCUCAAAAACAACGGCUGGAUGAACUAUAUUACAUAUGCAUUUCUCAUGUUAAAGUUCUGGGAAGACCACUUUCAUCAGGAUUUAGUGCUAAAAUACAUCACUCAGGCAGGUGCUUCUUGAAGUACAGUCCUCAAGCAGACUCUUAUUUCAUCUCUCCACCACCAGAUUCAUCUCAAGUACCAUUUUCGUUGCCAUCAAGUGGACUCUCAAACUCGCCUUCUCGUCUCCGAGCUUUGACUUACAACAUAAUGCAGAGGGCCGGGAGACGAUUCUGGGGCGGUUUGUGAUGAUGAUUCUUCGUAGUGUCAGUGUGCACAUUACUUUGAGACUUGUGUUUUAUAAGUUCACAAUAUCAGAACUUGGACUCUCACCAGCUGCGGAUAUUGACCUACGACGUUUUACCAACUUUAUUUAUAUAUAUUUUUUAGUUUUUAGAUUUCUUAAAAGGGCAUGUAAAUAAAAGAGCAAUCAAUAAAAGUGUGAAAAUUUUAGUAAUUAA